GAGGAGGGGGUGACGCCGCGACGUCGGCAGCGCCAGCUUCGCGCGUGAGCGGCGCGGGCGUCGGGCCUGGCUACCGAGCUUUCCGGGCGGGCGGGCGGGCAGGUCGUCGACGCCGGCUCCGGCAGGAGUGCGCGGAGGUGUCGGGUCAUCGGCGGGAUCACCUGCGGCCAUGGAGGAGACGCAGCCGCUUCCGCAGGCCGAGCUGCAGCUGUGCGACAGCCUCAUCAUCUGGCUGCAGACAUUCAAUACCCCUGCACCUUGUCAGGAUGUAAAACAGCUGACUAAUGGAGUUGCCAUGGCACAAGUUCUUCAUCAAAUUGAUGCAGCUUGGUUCAAUGAAUCUUGGUUAGGCCGAAUUAAGGAGGAUAUUGCCGACAACUGGAGGAUAAAGGCUAGUAAUUUAAAGAAGGUACUUCAAGGAAUUAUGAGUUAUUACAGCGAGUUUUUGGGGCAACAGAUUUCUGAAGAACUUAUUCCUGAUUUAAACCGAAUAACUGAAAGUUCAGAUUCUGUGGAGCUUGGGAGGUUACUGCAGCUUAUUUUAGGUUGUGCGGUCAACUGUGAAAAGAAGCAAGAACAUAUUCAAAACAUAAUGACACUGGAAGAGUCUGUUCAACAUGUGGUCAUGACUGCUAUUCAAGAGUUGAUGAGCAAAGAAAUAUUGAGCUCUCCUACAAAUGAUGCUGUUGGAGAAUUAGAACAACAGCUUAAAAGGGCUCUGGAAGAACUUCAGGAAGCACUCUCAGAAAAAGAAGAACUGAGGCAGAGAUGCCAAGAACUGGAUAUGCAGGUGACUGCACUUCAAGAUGAAAAGAAUUCACUGGUUUCUGAGAAUGCGAUGAUGAAUGAAAAACUUGACCAGUUGGAUGGAUCUUUUGAUGAUCCAAAUACAAUGGUUGCAAAAAAGUUUUUUCAUGCACAGUUACAACUAGAGCAAUUACAGGAAGAAAACUUCAGGCUUGAAGCUGCAAAAGAUGAUUACCGUGUUCACUGUGAAGAACUUGAAAAGCAAUUAAUUGAAUUUCAGCAUAGGAAUGAUGAAUUGACUAGUCUUGCUGAGGAAACAAGAGCCCUGAAAGAUGAAAUUGAUGUUCUUAGGGCUACCUCUGAUAAAGCAAAUAAGUUGGAGUCCACAGUUGAGAUAUAUCGUCAGAAGCUACAAGAUCUGAAUGACCUUCGGAAGCAGGUGAAAACGUUGCAGGAAACAAACAUGAUGUAUAUGCACAAUACAGUCAGCUUAGAAGAAGAAUUAAAGAAGGCAAAUGCAGCACGUACACAAUUAGAAACAUACAAGAGACAGGUUCAGGAUCUACACAGUAAACUUUCCUCUGAAUCCAAAAGGGCUGACACACUAGCAUUUGAAAUGAAGCGACUUGAAGAAAAACAUGAAGCUUUACUUAAGGAAAAAGAGAGACUAAUAGAACAGCGUGAUACGCUGAAAGAAACGAAUGAAGAGCUUCGGUGUUCACAAGUACAACAGGAUCACCUAAACCAAACAGAUGCAUCUGCUGCAAAAAGUUAUGAGAAUCUUGCUGCUGAGAUUAUGCCAGUGGAAUAUAGGGAGGUGUUUAUUCGACUGCAACAUGAAAAUAAGAUGCUUCGCCUGCAGCAGGAAGGUACUGAGAACCAGCGCAUCGAAGAACUCCAGGAGCAGCUAGAGCAGAAGCACCGCAAGAUGAACGAACUGGAAACAGAGCAAAGGCUGAGCAAAGAGCGCAUCCAAGAAUUGCAGCAGCAGAUUGAAGAUCUCCAGAAGUCUUUACAGGAACAAGGCUCCAAGUCUGAAGGAGAAAGUUCCAGCAACCUAAAGCAGAAGUUGGAAGCUCAUAUGGAAAAACUAACAGAGGUACAUGAAGAAUUACAGAAGAAACAAGAGCUCAUUGAAGAUCUUCAGCCAGAUGUAAACCAGAAUGCACAAAAGAUCAAUGAACUUGAAGCUGCUCUUCAGAAGAAAGAUGAAGAUAUGAAAGCAAUGGAGGAACGAUAUAAAAUGUAUUUAGAGAAAGCAAGAAAUGUUAUAAAAACUUUAGAUCCUAAAUUAAAUCCAGCAUCAGCUGAAAUAAUGCUGCUUAGAAAGCAGUUGGCAGAGAAAGAGAGAAGAAUUGAGAUUCUGGAGAGUGACUGUAAAGUAGCAAAAUUUCGUGAUUAUGAAGAAAAACUAAUUGUUUCUGCCUGGUAUAAUAAGAGUCUAGCAUUCCAGAAACUGGGGAUGGAAUCUAGACUUGUGAGCAGCAGCGGGGCUGGCAAAGACCCUGCUGCAUGUCCUCCUGCACGGUCUUUCCUAGCACAGCAGCGGCACAUCACCAACUCCCGAAGAAACCUCUCUGUAAAAGUUCCUGCUGCAACCUCUGAUUAAACCGCUAAAGACAACAAGCAGAAGUGCCCUUAAAAUAGUUUGUGUCUUUCAACCAACUACCAGACUGAAAAAGAUGUUUAUGAUGCUGGAUAUCAGCUGUUCAAGAGGCACGGAAUUAAGUUUGCUGGCUGACUUUGAAAACAAAUUUUACAAUUAGCUAUUUCUCUGAGGGAGCACAUUUGAAUAAUUAGAAGAUGUAAUUAGGCACCCAUCUAAACAUUUGUGUUUUGAGACUAUUAUAAUUUCAAAUUGACUUUGUAUAUUUUAGUUUAGUGUUUUCAUUUGUGUCAGUAACUUGGUUAAUUUGCAAUGUGUAAUCAGUAAUAAGUAAUUUAAAAACACAUUUAUAUUCAUUUUAUUGUUUUGGUCCAUAUAAAAAUAACCUUAAGGUAGGCACAUGUAGAACUAUACAAGAGUUAUAUUUUUUUACUUGAUAUAUACAAGGCUUGACCUGUAGCCUCUAACUCUGUCAUUGAAUAGGUAUAUCUUAUCGUGAAGUAGAAGAUAUGACAUUUGGAAGUUUUGAUUGUUGAAAUGACUUUGCUAUAGCAAAGUGACUAAUAGGAAGUUUCACAGAUUCAGAAGAGGUUAUAUACUUCUGUUACCUACUAUAAAAAGAGCUUCUAUGCGGCAGGGUGGAAAUGGGAAGGAUAAAUGGAUAAACUGAUUUUAAUGAGAGGUGACUUUCUGAUGGGAAACAAGCUAAAAGUAUAAAGUGAUACUUUGUGUGAAACAUCCACAUGCUCUUUAAUAUAAUUAAUAACAAUUAUUUUACUUUUAAGCAUAAAAUUAUCAGGAUUUCUGCUAAAAAUGCUAUAAUAAUUUUGCCUCCUAAGAAGAAAUGGUGCAGCAAUGAAACAAUUUGGGAUCAAGUUAAUUUUGUUUAAUAAGUAAACAAUCUGUCUUGGGCUGUGUUUAUGGUAUUCAGUUUGUUUUUGCCCAAAGCCCGUUAUUUUCAAAGGUGUUACUUUCUCAUUUUUUAAGAGUUACUUGUUGGAAUUUUAAUUAGAUGAGUAAAAUAUGCGCUGUUCAAUAUUGUAGCCACAAGCCACAUGUGGCAAUUUUAGUUAAGCUAAUUAAAAUUAAGUUUUUGGUUGCACCAGCCACAGUUCAAAUGCUCAGUAUCCACAUUGGCUAAUGGCUACAGAAUUAGUGCAGAUAUAAAAUAUUGCCAUCAUUGCAGAAAGUUCUACUGGACAGUGCCAUGCUAACUCUUCUUAUAACAACAUUGAAACACUCCUUGCUGUUAGACCACAAAAGUAAAAAGAAAAAAAUGUCAGGACUAUUUCAGUAUGAAAAGGAAUUGUGGCAAAACUAGCAUUUGCAUUCCUUAAAGUGGAAUAGCUCGUGUUGUGACAUUCAUAGUUCAUCUUUCCAGUAUUUUUCAGCAGCUGCACACUUACCCGCUUGUGCAUAGACCAGGCAGGGGUCAGCACACUUUUCUGUAAAGGGGCAGAUAGUAGUAACUUUAGGUGUUGUUGGCCAUGUGAUCAGUAGCAGGUAAAUCAGCUCUGCCCUUACGUAUGAAAGCAGUAGCCAUACACCGUAUGUAAACCAAAUAGGUGUGGUUGUAUUGCAAUAAAACUUUACUUACAAAGACUGGUGUUAGGUCAGAUUUGGCCUGCAGGUUGUAGACCUCCUUGGGUCUAGAGUUUAUUCUUAGCCUUUCCUUGAAAAUAUAAAUAUUGUUCCAUUUGCAAUGUUACUCAUUUAGAUUCUUGGUUUUUUGAUUCUCUACCAGUAAUUUUUUUUUUUUAAUUACUGAAAAUACAAGAAUUGCUUCCAUACUGUAUUUUGGUCUCUUAGAUUAGGGCACAUCUGUCAGGAUAUUUUGUUUUAUCAGGGUUACUUCUGUUGACUACCUCUUAGAUUUUGGUGUCUUUUUUCAGUGCAGUUUUAUAGUUGGUUUGCUUCUUCAUAUAGCCUUAUAGUCUCUGUGUGCCUGUGACUUUUGGUGAAAUGAAAAUGUAUUAGCAUGCCAAUUAAAAUUUUCUAAAUAUAUGGCAUUUUAGAAUAUUUUGGUCAGUGUAAGACAUGAGCUCCUUUGGUAUUUACUACUUGCUUAUAAUUGAAAAUAAACAACCUUGUCAAACUCCCUUUUACUGAAAGUUAUUGUAAAACAUCAAUGCCAAUAAAUUAAUAUUUUCACAAUUCAAUUGCUCACAAAUUUUCGAUUAUACUUGGAAUUUCUACGUAAUUUGUGCAAUUUAUGAAUAAGCUAGAUUCUUUUAUCUUAAUAGAGAAAAAGCAAAUUUUGUGAUUUACUACUUUUCUAGUUUAUAAGUAGAAUUUAAAUUGCUUGAUACUUAAGUAUUUAUAUGAGACUAAUGUAAUUUAAAGUUCUAUAUUAUUGUGAUUAAUCAUAUGGAAAUUCAGGAAUUGAUCAGAAGUGAGAUUGUUUUCCACAUCUGGUUAAUAGAGUGAGAUUGACACCCUGUGGGUGGUAAAGCAUUAUAAAUAUUCCUCAUAAACCAUGAAUUAUAUAUGUCUGUGUUAUAAGUGAUGCUUAAGUGCAUAUACCAGGGAAGAGAAAUUUAGCAUUUAUUAUGUGGUAAUGAGUUGAAUGUCCCAGUGAUGAUAAAGUAAAACCACAGACCAUUUGGAAAUGGUCUUUAUUUUGAGCAUUUGUUGUGUAAUUAAUAUUACUUUCUCUUUUUAAAAUGAAAAGUAUAUAUACAUAUGGCAAUGAUGUUUACCCUGAAAUUAACUUAAAGUAUUGAGAAAUAUUUUAAGUUCACUGUAUUUUUUUAAAUAAAUAAGGCUGUUGAACUAAUGAUUUAGUAUAGAUUAAGAAUUAAUGUCUUGCCCUGGCUAGUGUUUCUAAGUGGUUAGAGCACUCGCACAUGCACCAAAGGGUCUUUGGUUCAAUUCCCUGUCAAGGGUGCAUACCUGGGUUGCAGGUUCGAUCCCCAGUCCAGGUUCGGGUGCAUGUGGCAAGCAACCAGCCAAUAUUUCUCUUUCUCUUUCUCUCUCUCUCUCUCUCUCUCUCUCUCUCUCUCUCUCUCUCUCUCUAUCUCUCUCUCUCCCCUUCCCCCCAUUAUCUUCCCCCUCCUCCCCUCCCUUCUACUUUCUAUAAUAAUCAAUGGAAAAAAUUAUCUUCGGGUGAGAUUUAACAACAAAAGAAAAGAAUUAAAUUCUUGUCUAGAAACAUUAAACUGGGCAUUCCUCGUGAAGGUAUCAUCUUGGAUACUGGAGUGCUGAUUUGAAUGUUAGAUAAUGUUUGUACACCUAUACCUGUUACUGUAUAGUGGCACACCUGGCUCUAUGGGGUGGCUUAUAGGGCCCAAUAUUACCGUGUUAGGUUCUCUCUGUGUAUAUUUAACAAGAACCAUUCCUGUGUAAAAUGAGUGUAUAUGGUUGUAUGUAUACAGUCUUAUUGUGAACCUAUACAUUGCGAAAACGUCGUUUGGGAAUUUGUAAAGCACUAAAGCACAACUGCAAAAGACAAUGGUGUGCAGUUAUUAAACGUGAUGUAGCUUAAUUGUAAUGUUUAGUUUAUAAAAGGUCCUUUCUAUUUUCCAUGGCAAAGACUUUGACACUUGAAAAAUAGAAGCAAUAUUUGAUUUAUUUUUGUAAGUAUUUAGGAUAUUUUAAAUAAAUGAUUGUCCAAUAACAGUAUAAUGUGAAGUGUUUUAGUAAAUAAAGUUUCUGAUUCUG